AUGGCAGCAAUCCACGGUGUUCGGCGCUCGAACGGCUUCGAGCCGCCUCCGUCUUCAAUUCUGGCAACUCGGAUUGCCAGCAAGGAUGCCGCUACUGAGCUGAACCAAGCCAGUUUCGAUCAGUUGCUGGAAGAAUCCCUAGCCACAGAUGAGAAUGGACAGCCGAACCUUGGCUCCGAUGUUUCCAUCAAUCUCAAGGUUGUUGAAGUUGUUCUCAAGGCAGGUAUCGACCCAGUCCUGCGGGACAGCAUCGACGACCCCUUUCAACCCAAUAGCGCAAACGCUAGGGCAGAAACGCGAUUUCUGGCUUGUCUCGAAGUGAUUCGCGUCGCCACAGAGAGAGCAGAAGGAGUGCUUUUCAUGCGGACUUCCGCCAAUGGAAAAUCGGAUGAUCUCGCUGAACCCCCACUCUAUAUCGUAAUGGUGCCCAAACUCUUGUCGGCGUUGGGACCACAGGCUUCCGUCCCUCGCGUUGACGCUAUCCUAGAAACCAUAUCUACCUGCAUUCAUGUUGGUGGGAGCUCCAAACAAGGCACUCCCAAUGACGCAGUGACCGAGUUUCUACUGGGCUCUGUGUUCGCACUGGCUACCACUUUAAGCCAAAAGGUGACAGCGACAUCGUCUGGUACCUUCGAGCUGAAUGACGAAGCUUUUGUCGACCGCCUCUGGAAAAUACGCCCUGCGUGUCACGGCCUUGCUUCGAGGUUCCGAUUCAACUCCCGAGCACACGUGUUCUUCAGCAUUGCCAAAAUCUUGCAGACUCUUUCGAAAUAUUCUCUUCCGCCACCCAGGUCGUUACAACUUCGCAAAACCAUUCAGCAGGUCCUGAACACAUUUGAAGAUCUGGUAGAAGACGCGGCCGACAACCAGGACCUCAGUGAACUCAUUGAGAAUGUCAGCCAGCUGGAGGUUCGAGAACACCCAGACACGGCGUACCUGGACGACACAACAGAUGACCUCUCCUGGCCGGAUGGUGAACGCGCUCGAAAACGACCUCGACUUUCUGACGUACAGGAUGGCGAAAUUCAACAGCCCAGCAUCAGGCAACAGCUAUGCAGAAGGCUGACUGGCAAGUUGACCGGCAACGCUGUUGGUGACCUUGUUGGAUUGCAUACAACCGCGGCUGCGGCUAUGAAGCGCUUUGGCGAAGACCAACAAACCGAAUCCAUCGAUUCCAUGGGGUCGAUCAUCUGUCAAAUGGCCCAAGACUCACUGACGCAGGAUCGCUGCACAGCAUGUAAUGGCGACAGUCUUAUACGAAGCACAUCAGACGUCGCUGCUGAGGAGCUCAUGAGGACUCUCCUUGCCGUGAUUCCACCCAUCAAGCGCAAUCCUGCGGCCAGGGUUUCCUCAAUGACUGCGCUUCGUCGGAUUCUGCUGCAUACUCAGUCUCUGUCUGAUUCAAGUCUUCGGAGCUCCACAGCAGGCGAAUGGUGUCUACAAUGUCUACGCAGUUCGUCGAGGGACCUCCGCAUAGCCGCGAUCGCAACACUACAGGUAUAUGUCAUGGACAUCCAAGCCGAUAUCUCCAUUGCGCGUGACAAUAGAGUUGUGGCUCUCGAAUUCCUGCAGUCCUUGUGGUCGAUGGGGGACACAGCUCUACAGGAAACGACAAUAUUAGCAUUGACGAGAAUAGCUCAGGUGGUAGGAGAAGAGGAGCAGAACAUCAUCAUCUUGAGGCUCGUCGAGUACCUCGGCCACAACAACUCCUAUAUCAGUGGCCUUGUCUACGAAGAGAUACAACAGUUGGCUGCUGCUCGUCAGGUGACGACUGCGGUACUCUUUAGACCAUUCUGGCGGACUGUCGGUCUGGUGAUUGCGAAGAAUAUGGCCAGUCGACCUGCCAUUGCUGAGCAGAUAUGCUCGCUUGUGGGCAUGCAAACCAACGGCUUGAUGCUGUUGAUUGAAGAAUACGCUCUUCCAAACCUCGUUCUUAACCAAGAGCUCAACAUCAUCACUCAAUUUGCAGCGGCCCACGGCUCCUCUACAACGGCUUUCGAUAUCUGCACUGCGCCUCGAAAUCUUGCGGCGAUCCUAGCCCAUCUCUUGAUGCAAGGCUACCAAGACGCCGAGCAAAAGAUCAUGGAGAUGCUUAUGGCAGUCUCCGACGACUUUGCAUCUUUGGAUCUGUCAGGCUGGCUCAACCACGAUCCCAUUCAAAUCACUUGUACACUCUUGAAAUCUGCGGGCGAAGCAAGCGAGAGUAAAUCGUCACGAACGUACCACGCUCUUCAGUUCCUGGCCUCCAUCCUUCUGCGCAAACCAGGUCAGCAUAUGUCAUCGUCUAAACGAGGUGAAACUCUGAGUACCUUCCUAGAGAGCCACUGCUUGGCUAUCGUGACCCAUUUCACAGUUCUCCUCAAUGAUAUCGAAGCCAAGGAGCCAAAACUCGAGAAGAAGCGCAGCGUUACAGCGCUGUCAGAAAUCGUCAAAUUGGGCAAAGCACGAGUUGUUAAGGCAUUGCCGCAGAUCUGUGCCUGUCUCCGCUCCUCCCUUGACGAUUCAGAUCUUUGCGAUACAGCGUUUGCAUCGUGGGCCACUGUCAUACGAUCGCUGAAAGAGGACGACAUUCAACCCCUGGUGAACCAGACAAUAGCAAUCAUUGUCAAGUACUGGGAUCGGUUCAGCUCCGUCACACAGAACAUGGCCUACGACCUCAUUGCAGAUUUGCUGAAGCAACAUACUAUAAUGAUAAGGGACAAUUUUGAAACGAUGCCAUCUUUUGGUGACAUCCCGGUGCUCAGUAAGUUCCAGGCAGAGAUCGGUGCUCUCAAACGCCAGCUGGACGAACGUCGAACGGUUACUGCUUUCAUCGAGCGCCUAGAAGACGAGAACGAGAUUGUUAUCGAGCAGGCAUUGCGGGAGCUCUCGCCGGUACUGCGUGCCAAGCAAGGCUUUCUGCAGCAAUCGAUUCUGCGCGAGAAGCCCGAUGCCUAUAUAUCUGGUCUUACACGAGCGCUACUGGCUUCGCCUGUCAAGUUCCGGAGCAACCAGGAAAUCAACCGCCUGAGCGCCCACUGCCUGGCCAGUAUAGGCUGUCUUGAUUCGAACAAAAUCGAAGCUAGUGUUGAGAGGAAGCCAUUGGUCAUACCGUCAAACUUCUCGAGCGCUGGGGAAACCGUCGACUUCAUCAUGUAUUUCCUAGAGCAUGUCUUGGUGAAGACUUUCCUCUCAGCCUCCACGACCCGAGCUCAGGGCUUCCUUGCAUGGGCAAUGCAGGAAUUGCUUAAUCUAUGUCAUGAGGAGGAUACUUCAGCACCUCGCAUUCGAAGUGGUCCGAGCUCGGCUUAUCGACGCUGGAAUGACCUGCCAGAGGCCGUCCGAAAUACUCUGGCGCCGUUCCAGACCUCGAAAUACCGUGUGCAGGACUUACGGACGCCUGAAGGGCGAGAGUAUCCUUACUUCAAGCCCGGAAUGGCUCAUGAGGAUUGGCUUCGCGCAAUAGUCAUGGAUUUCCUGCAUCGGUCGCCUGGCAGCAACGUUCAGUUAAUAUACUCGAUCUGCAGCCGAGUAAUUCAAGGCCAAGACCUUUCGAUUCCUUCGUUCCUGUUGCCGUACACGGUGCUCAGCCUACUGGUGAGCGGCGUCGACAAAGAUGUCCGAGAUAUCGUUGAAGAGAUCCUGAACGUAUUGGGACAGUCUCUGGCAGGCCACGAUCGAAGAACACAGGAGGACAUCAAGUCGUGCAGCCAGAGUAUAUUUGAGGUCUUGCAAUACCUCAGUCGUUACCUGCAGUCUCGGAGAAAGAAUUUCAGUGUUCACGCGUCCAAGAAUGAUCGUACGGCCCUUGAAGUCGCUAUGCAAGUCGCACAAGAGCAAAUCAAGGCUGUCGAGCACUUGAUUGAUCAGAUCCCACCAGAUCUGAUCUCACAACGCGCUAUUGAGUGCAAAUCGUAUUCUCGAGCACUGUUCCAUUGGGAGCAACACAUCAGAAAGUCAGGCUCAGUACAAACUCGUGACUCAGAUCUUGCUCGACUCCAAGAUAUCUACGCCCAGAUUGACGAGCCUGAUGGUAUUGAAGGCAUCUCAGCGCAAAUGAACUUUGUUGACGUCGAGGGUCGAGUUCUGGAGCACAAGAAGGCGGGAAGGUGGACUACUGCUCAAGGCUGGUAUCAGAUGCAGAUCGUUGACAGGCCGGACGACAUUGAUCUACAGAAGAAUCUCAUGCAAUGCCUUCGAGAGUCUGGUCAACACCAUCUGCUACUGGACCGAUAUGAGACCAUGGUCAGCACAUCACAAUUGCCACUGACGCAGCUAAAACCGUAUGCCAUUGAAUCAGCCUGGGCCACAUAUAGAUGGGAUGAGUUAGCCAAGCUUGUCUCAGCAGACCCGAGUGACGACUUUACAACCUGUCUCGGGAAGGUACUGCUUCAAGCUUACAAGGACGACCACCACGCCGGAUCCGAGUUGAUUGAAGAGCUUUACAGAACAAGUGCUUUGGAGCUUAGCCCCAACGCAAUCAUGUCCCUUGCGAAUAGCUACGAGAGCUUGAGGAAGAUGCACACAAUCGAUGAUCUCCGUCUGAUCCUGGAGACGACGACUGAUAGCAAAACCGAGAACAUGAAAAUCCUUCGCAAACGACUGGAUAUCUUGGGAUCCAAUGUUCAGGAUAAGCAGUAUCUGUUGUCGGUGAGGCGGGCAGCUAUGCAGAUCAGGAAACCCGUAUUCAGCGACAACGACAUUGCCGGAGCUUGGCUCACAAGUGCUCGGUUGGCACGAAAAGCGAAAGCAUCUUCUCAGGCUUUCGAUGCUGUUCUUGCAGCUGCAGCACUGGGGGAUAAAUCUUCCUCGAUCGAAGAGGCAAAGCUCAUCUGGCAGGACGGUCAUCAUCGAAAAGCCAUCCAGACGCUGGAAGGCGCUAUCAGCUCUGGUGCUUUCAUUGCUCACACUUACGUUGCUGAAGAUGGGCCAGUCACUCUUACUACCGAGCAACAAAACAAUCAAAACGAACUGACCGCGAAAGCCUAUCUACUGCUUGGCAAAUGGCUGGAUCGAGCCGGACAGACCCAAUCUGAAGAGAUCAAGAACACAUUUCGGAAGUCCACUGAGCACUUCAGGAAGUGGGAAAAAGGCUGGUAUUAUCUCGGCCGCCACUACAAUAAAUUACUGGAUUCGGAGAAGCUGAUGCCUCCUGGAAAAGAGUCACAAACAUUUUUGACGGGUGAACUCGCCAAGUUGGUCAUAGAGAACUAUCUUCGAUCACUUAUCAAUGGCGGAAAGUUUGUAUUUCAGACCUUGCCGAAGGUACUUACCCUAUGGUUCGAACUUGUUGCUGGAUCAGAUAUACCCACUGAUCCUCGAAGGGGCAACGAGAAAUUCCACCAGCACAACAACGCCCAAAGAAAGCGAGUCAUCGACGAGACCCACAAGUACAUUCAGAAGUACGUUGAUCGCAUCCAAGCUGCUGUCCUGUACACCAUUCUGCCUCAAGUUGUGGCGCGCAUCUGUCACACUAAUCCCGCUGUAUACAACAUUUUGGUCAGCAUCGUCGUCAAAGUUGUCAGAGCUUUCCCCAAUCAAGCUCUAUGGACUUUGCUAGCCGUCGCAAAAUCCCAGUCAAAAGACCGAGCAAGCCGUGGGUUGACGAUAAUUUCGAAAGUAGUCGAAGGCCAGAAAAAGUCCAGCGGUAGUGGACUGACUCCGUCCGAGUUGCGGAACAUGAUCUCGGCUGGACAACGAUUUUCAGACGAAAUCCUGCGGGUCUCCGAGUAUCCCAUCGAAGGCAAGAUCAGUCGGGUCAGCCUGGCUAGGGACUUGGGCUUCCACCACAAGAUCGCACCAUCACGCCUAGUUGUUCCCGUGGAGUCAUGUCUCGUCCCCUCGAUCCCAACUUCUUACGAUAGCGCCUAUCUAAAGUCUUUCCGUGCCUUCGACAAGGAUCCGGUUACCAUAUCCGCCUUCCUGGAUGACGCUCUCGUGCUCUCUUCUCUGCAGAAGCCCCGUAAGCUCUCCAUUCGUGGCUCGGAUGGCGCCAUCUACGGCGUCCUCGCGAAACCUAAAGACGACCUACGCAAAGACCAGCGCCUGAUGGAAUUUAAUACCAUGAUCAACCGCUUCUUGAAACGUGACGUGGACGCGUCCAAGCGACGCCUCUACAUUCGCACAUACGCUGUCGUGCCGCUCAACGAAGAGUGCGGCCUUAUCGAGUGGGUCAACAAUCUCAAGACCUUCCGCGACAUCAUCCUCAAGCUCUACAAAGACAAGUCGAUCUCGCCUAACUACACCGAGAUCCGCAACUUGUUGGAUGAAUCCUGCUCCGGCCCACCCGAGAAGUGCGCCAUCUUCUCGGACCGCAUCCUCAAGACCUUUCCGCCCGUCUUCCACGAAUGGUUCAUCGACUCUUUCCCGGACCCAUCCGCCUGGUUCGCCGCCCGGCUGCGCUACACACGCUCCUGCGCCGUCAUGAGCAUCGUCGGCCACGUCCUCGGCCUCGGUGACCGACACGGCGAGAACAUCCUCUUCGAGGAGGACAACGGCAGCCUCAUGCACGUCGACUUCAAUUGCCUCUUCGACAAGGGCCUGACGUUCGAGAAGCCCGAACACGUGCCCUUCCGCUUGACGCACAACAUGGUCGACGCCAUGGGUCCCCCCGGCUACGAGGGGCCCUGGCGGCGGUGCUCCGAGAUCACGUUGACUUUGCUGCGGAACAAUGAGGACGCGUUGAUGACCAUCCUCGAGACCUUUUUGCACGAUCCAACGACGGACUUCUUGGAGCGUGAGAGGCGGAGGAAGAAGGCCGUGGCGGGCGUGCCGAACAGUCCGGUCGAGGUGCUGGAGAGUGUGCGUGGGAAGGUCAGGGGUUUCUUGCAAGGCGAGAGCGUACCGUUGAGCGUGGGUGGGUACGUGCAGGAGAUGGUGCAUCAGGCGACAGAUGAGUGGCGGCUGUGUCGGAUGUAUAUUGGUUGGUGUGCUUUCUUCUGA